AUUUUUUGAAAUGCGUCUGUCUGUUUCCUCCAUGUAUUGUCUGUAUCAGGAGCCCCUUCCUCUGUCCCAUGUGAAGAAGAUGCAGGAGGUCUACCAGCUGAACAGUGUUAAAAAUGCAGAGGUUCGCUUCAGGUGGUUGCGUGUCUGUGUGAGGGCACAUUGGGAGGAAGCCGUUCCCCUGGCGCUGAAGAUGGCUACCGAACAGGGCAGAAUGAAAUUCACUCGCCCGCUCUUUAAGGAAGUUUACAACUUCUGCAAGUACAGCGACGAGGCAGUGAAGACUUUUAAGGAGCACCGUGGAGCACUGCACCCUGUCACAGCGAUGCUGGUGGCCAAAGAUCUGAAAAUUGAUGGCUAAAAUGCUGCUCUCUGACCUCCUUAUGUGCAGGCAGUGUUUCUGUGCUUCAGCUUAGUGCUUGGAUGCAAACCUGCAUCUCACAACUUUAGCAAAUGGAUUAAUGUGCAGAAUGUUUCUCUCAUUGGCCAAAGCUUGGCUUUUUAAUGUCUUGGAGGUUUCAGUCUCAGGGCUUAGAACAAAAAAUGAGGAGUUUCAGUAUCAUGAAGUUUAGUGUUAAAAAAGAGCAUAUCUUGGUAUGAAGGAUCCACUAUAUCCCUUUAUAUGAUAAGUCAAAAGUAAUGUUCUGUAAUAAACUCAUGUGUACAAGAAA